UCCUAUUGAUAGUGGUUAAAAACUGUAUGACUGUAUGAGCUCAACAGAUCAACAAGCAAAGCUUUAUGAAAUUGCUGAACCCUAUUUUUUACAUUUAGAAAUGAAAUGAAGGGAGAUAGAAGACAAAAGGCAUAAGAGACAAGAAAAAGUUACACUUAAUCAUGAACUGUGCAGCUUUUAUAAUAGUGACUACCAGUUUUCUUUAUUUGACUGAUGCAGAUAAUCUGUACUACAGUAAAGACAAAGAUAAAGAUCUGCAGUACCUUAUGGAACCACCAGUGUAUGCUGAAAUAAAUGCACGCAGAAGAGAGAAUGCCACCCUGCCAUGUAUUCUGCGAACUGUACCUUCUCAAUACAGAGUUAAAUGGAGUAAGGUUGAACCUCUUCAUACAGGUGCAGAAAAUAUUGUUCUCAUGAGUAAUGGGCAUGAGGUUAAAUAUUAUGGCACAUGGCAGUAUAAAGCAAGCCUUCGACGUUUACAUGCUUUGGACAUUUCUCUCCGCCUCACCAAGCUGGAGCUCCAAGAUUGGGGUCUGUACAAGUGUGAACUGAUCAAUGGCAUUGAUGAAGAGAGUGUCACCAUCUCUCUAAACAUUGAAGGGGUUGUGUUUCCUUAUCAAAGCAGCCAUGGACGUUAUAAAUUUACCUUCUUUGAUGCUAAAAAUGCUUGUGCAGAGCAGGAUGCAACACUGGCAACAUACACACAGCUUUUCAGAGAAUGGACAGAAGGCCUGGAGUGGUGUAAUGCUGGGUGGAUAAAUGAUGGAACUGUCCACUACCCCAUUCUGAAUCCACGGCCAGCUUGUGGGAAAGAUCUUCCUCCAGGAAUCCGCAGCUAUGGGCCCCGGCACAAGACCAAGGACCGUUUCGAUGCCUUCUGCUUCACCUCUACCACCGAAGGUUCGGUGUUCUAUGUCCCAGGGCCACUAAAUUUUUUGGAAGCAACUCAUGCCUGUAAGGAAAAAGGAGCAAGCCUGGCCCGUGUGGGAGAACUCUAUUCAUCCUGGAAGUUUCAGAGAUUGGAGCGCUGUGAUGGAGGUUGGCUACAAGAUGGUAGUGUGCGUUUUCCCAUCAUUACACCUAGAAAGCGCUGUGGAGGAUUCUCACAACAAGGGGUUCACAAUUUUGGAUUCCUUAAAAAGAGUGUUAGUCUCUAUGGGGCAUAUUGUUACAAGUAAAUAUCAACAUAGGGAUAAAUGAUUACAGAUUCUCCAGCUCUACAGUGUGGAAAAAUCUGCAGGAGUCAAUGUAACAGUUCCCACAUACCCUGAGAAUGAUUAUUUUUUUUCCCGACGCAGCAAUAUGAUAUAUUUUGACAUGUGAUACUUUGGCAAGUUACAUGACCAGAUUUGUUCUGUGGGAAUAUACAGUGAGGAACACCCUGCUAUUUUGCAAGUUCUCCCACUUAGAAAUCAUG